GAAAAUGUUGUGAUGAAAGUGGGUGGUAUCACGAUCAGGAAUGACUUUUUGUUUGUUAUAUUUAUCAGAUAAGUCAUUUCGUGUAAUUUUGUUUUGCAAUUUAAAUUUAAGUGAUUAAUUUAAAAGGAAGCGUUUUUUGUGUCGUUUUAAAAUUGAUAAUAAGUGCAUUUGUAACAAAUGAUCAGUCGCUGAUUUUUGCAAGCUCCGGGAUUGAAGUUUAAACUUUCGUACUCGUAGAACUAGAAACUAGAAUCGUACUGUACUAUUAACAUCACAAUAUUCAAAGUCGUAUUCCUUGUGUUACUCGUACCAGUCUGGCCUGGAUUGAAAGCCCGUCACAUCACAUCUUAGCAGACAAAUGAAGAACAGUAUGAGUCAUACCUGAAACUCGCAUAUUUACUUAAUGCAGAAAGGUGUAAAUAGCAGCAUAAGGCAGUAGAGAAAACCACAUAGAAACUUUCAGCCCUGUGACUUCAGUUACUAUUUCAUAAGUUACAAUGAUAAAACAGUCAUCCUUUUUGAAAUGGGCACAAAACAAUAAAAAUGCCAAUAAAACAGGUAGCAGAACGUGGAUCCAUUCACCAGAUGUCCUGAAUGCAGGUCAUGUGGCUUACUUAGUUAAGUUUCUAGGGAAUACAGAAGUGGAUCAGCCUAAAGGUAUAAAUGUUGUGAAACAGGGGAUUCAGAAAUUGAGGUUCUCCCAGCAACUGAAGAAAUCAGAAGGUGGUAAAAUACCAAAAGUUGAGUUAACAAUAUCAGUGGAUGGAGUGGCUAUCCAAGAUUUUAAAACAAAGAAAAUUUUCCACCAGUAUCCCCUUCAUCGGAUAUCAUAUUGUGCUGAUGACAAAUGUGAUAAGAAGUUCUUCAGUUUUAUUGCCAAAGAAGAAAAUGAAAAACAUAAUUGUUUUGUCUUUAUAAGUGACAAACUGUCUCAAGAAAUAACAUUAACAAUUGGACAAGCCUUUGACUUGGCAUAUCGUCGUUUCUUGGAAACCUCUGGGAAGGACAUGGAAAUGAAGAAAAAUUACAUGAUUCUGCAGAAGAGAGUACAGGAACUGGAAAAUGAGAAUGCAGAAUUACGUGAGAAAAUCGCUAAACUCCAAACUUCAGGAGACAGAACUGAUGGGUCAAAUAAGAACCAACAAGAGAGCCCCGGGUCAAAUUUUGUUAAUGGCACGACAACAGGACCAUCCAAUAAUAAAGCUGUCCUUUCUUCUGGUGAACUUCAACCUCCUGUUCCACCUCGUACUUUAACAGCUACAAUGCCAACAAAUAAUCUUCUACUUGAGCUAUCUGAUAUAAAUUUCCAAGUUCCAGUUGUGGGUCGCCGACUAGAAAACCUUGAUCUUGAUAUCGUAGAGGAUUUCAACCCUAGAGGAGAACCUGGAUUUCGGAAUGGAGGUGAUUUCAAUCAGAAUGGUAAGAAACAAGUGACAUUUGAUGAAGCUGAUCAACCAAAAGACGUGUUUGGAGCAGAACCACUUAUGCUUAUAGAUGAGGCUGAUGAUCCCUUUGGGAUGGGAGAUUUUAGUGCCUAUGGAGUAAAGCCCCAGGACUUAGAAGAUGCUAUUGGAUUCAUUGAUAAAAGAUUGUCAGAAAUGAAGGAUGGUUUCAGUCGUGGACUGGCCUUUGGAAAUGAUGACUUUACAUUGGACACUUUGGAUCCUUUAAAUAAUAAGACAACUUCAGCUCGUAAUCCGAAUUCAAGUGAUUAAGAAUUAAUAGUGCAUCUCAAAGUGAUGAUUGUUUAAAGCUUCAGAGAGUUUAUAAGAAUAUAUAUAUUUGAAAGAAUAAGGGAUGAUUUUUUCGAUGGCAGGAAAAACAAUUAUUGUCAUGUUGAAAUGACAGGAUGAUCCACCCGCUGAUUAUUUUGUACUUACUCAACCAUAGGAAUUUUCUGAACUGUUUAUAUAAAAUAGAUAAGUGAUUAAUUCCAGCUUUUAAAGCUGGAUAUUUUUCUUUAAUACAACUAAGCAGAUUAAUUUUGUAGUUCCAAUCGUAAGGAUGAUGAUUUUAUGAUCUACACCUGGAGAUGUAGUUCUGGAAAGAUUUGAUUGCUGUUUUUAGUAUUUUUCACAUAGACAUUAGAGAUUAAUGUGGGUAGCACUCAAAAGUUUCUGUUAAUUGUUACAACUUAUGAUUAUCUAUACGAUUAAAUUGCUUAAAUAAAAAAGCCUGUUAUGUAUUUAAGAACUCUGAAGUGAUCUUUUUUCUGGGUUUAUGUUUUAUAUGUAAAAAGUUGAAAUUAUUUAUGUAUAUAUUUGUAUUUGGGCGUUUAUAAAAUUAUUGGUCAAAAGUGAAAUUUAUUUUAAACUUUUGGGGUAAAAAAAGAAUCUACAAUUUCCCUGUGAUUGUUAAACCUAGAAGUUAACUGUAUAAUUUCCCUCUGAUUGUUAAACCUUGAAGUUAAAUGUAUAAUCUUUAUCAGAAGAAUGUUUUGCAGUUUUUUUUUAACUACCAAUAAAAUAUUUACAUUUCUUAUAGCAUAGUAAGUAAGCUUAAGUAUGUUAAGAAAACCUGUUAAAAAUUAUUUAACUUAAGCAGAAAUGUUCUAGAAAUACAUAAUAACAAGUAUAUAGGUGAAAUAGAAACACAAUCAAUUACUUUGGAUUAAGCCAAGGUGUUGACAAUGUGGCUUUAUCAGAACAAACUGUACAGCAUCAUAGGUCGUUUGUCUUCGAGAAAGCCAGGGUGGUAAACUUUAAGAUUAACUAAACAUUUUUUUUUUUUGGGUGUGUGUAUGUGGAGUAAUGGGAUGUGCUGUUAUUUUAAAUAACUGGCAGAAACUCUCCAUCCCACCAUUUAGAAUAAUAUAUAAGUAUAACUUAAACUUAUACAUUUAACCUACAAAUUAAAAAAGAUUGAAAUGAAGAUUAAUAACUUUAGUUCAAAACAAGUUUGAAGUGAAAGUGUACAAUAUUUGAAGCUUGCUUUAUUUAAAAUUAAUUAUAAUUUUAAUUUUGCAGAAAUUAUAAAACAUUUAAAGUACUUAAAACUGUAGAGUUGCUAUGUAAAUUUUUAUAACACCUAUUGCAGUAUAUUUAAAAGGAUGAAUUAGCUAACUUCCCUCGUCAUGAUUCUGUAUGUAAAAAACAUUUGUUGUUAA